AUGUUUAUUGGUCGGUCUGAAUUGACAGAUGCGAAUGAAACUACACAUGAGCAUUUGGCCAACCAAGUAGCAGAGACUGAGAAGGUCGAAAGGGACAAGAAGAAUACUGACCCUAGGACUGGUGGUCUGUUCCAGGGAUGCUUCAACAAAACUUCUAUUCCACUUUAUGACAACGCCGAAGGUGUCUCGCGGUGCCCAGGAUGUUUUUGGGAAUUGGAAGAUGGCGAAUGUACGCACUGCGGCUAUACAGUGAGCGACUCGGAUCAGGAUCUUCAGGAUCUUCAGGAUCUUGAUGACUUCGAGGCUAUGGAACAACUCCGGCUAAUGGGAGAUGCCUUUACGGAAGACGAGGAUGAGUCUGAUUUUAUUGGGCAUCAUCAUAAUCCCGGGUUCGAAUAUAGCUUCCUUCCUCAUGACGGUGGUCAUAUAAUUGAUGUAACUGACAUGGAUGCCGACUCGGAGGAUGUAUACACGGAUGAAGAUGACGACGUUACAGAUGUUGGUGACGCUGAGUCGAAUUUGUCAGAAGACGAGUCUCUAAGGUCAGAGUCGGAUUCCUCAGGGAGGUCAAAUUCAACAGCGCGUCGUGCUUCCAGUGAUCAUGGUAGUCAGACGAUUGAACCCGAGUCAACUCCAUCUGUUCAGGAGAUAUCAUCCAAUGCCCAAUACGAGUCAGAGUCAGAAGAGGAACCAAUCAGACGGCCAGUACGCAGAAGAGACUCUCGUCCACGUCAAUCUCACCAACAUGUAUCUACCGAUCAAACGGCCAGGAUGACAUUGCCCAUGAUUCUUCUUGCUAGCAUGAGGGGGACUGACCCCGAAAAUGCUGUCGUUAUCGACGAUUCACCCCCUUCACGCCGAACUUCAAGGCGUCGUCGUCGCCACUAG